AAUUGGGUUUUAGCCCAUUGUUUUCUUAUAAUUGUCUUUUGAAAUAAAAUAUGUUUUGUUUCUAACUUCUUUCUGAACUCAUCAUUUUCCUCUAGUUAUGUUCUCACACACACCUACAUUCCAUUAUCACCAUUUUUUUGCAUAUGAUUCACACAUGCAAAGUUUUGUUUACUUACAGUAAUGUCAGACAGGAUGAUUGUAAAAAAAUAUAAAUUAAACUUUAUUUGAAAGUGUUUUAUUUUUUACUUUGUAAUUUAAAAGUAUCAGGUUAAAAAAAUAUUCAAGCUAGAAAGAUACAUAAAACAAAAUAACAAAACAAUGUGAAGAUAGAAGCUUAGUUUUCCUCAUUGGGGUUUCCUCAUUAUUUGCCCAUCAUUAGGGUCUAAACACUCUAAAAACUGUUGAGUUGUGUUAUACCAUAACCCAUCAGUUCUGUCUGAUAUUCACCCAAUUAUAAAUUACCCUGUUUGUGAAAACUCAGCUAAAAUUAUGUUUUAUGAAUCCCUUUUCUAGACUGUAAAAUAAUUCAACAUUUUUGUCAAAUCAACAUAUGUUUUAUGCUACUUUAACUUAAAAAAUUAAGUUAAUCGACUUUAACUAGUUUUUAUAAGUUAUAGUUUUUAUAAGUUAUUUUUUUUUACAGUUUACAUAAAUCAUCCUACAUAAUUUAAAGCACAUUUUGUAAGAAUAUAACCUUGAUAUCUUUAAUGUUGACUGUAAGGUCAUGUCAGAUUGAUAUGAAGCCCUGAAAUCAGAUUUUAAAUAUCCAUAUCUCAUAGUUAAACCUCAUUCAAAUAGCAAUGUGGUCCAAGAAAAUGCCCCUAAAAUUGGUAGACAUACUUCUGAUUUAUGCACUAUAUCUGUGCGCGCCUGGCAGGAACAGUUUUGAGUCCGAAACGGAGAUGGCAGGCCAGAGCUUGAUAUUUUUGUGAUGGAAAAUGCAAUUUCUAAAUGCAGAACUUCUCAGUCAUAGAAAACACGCGCAAGGUAAAAGUAACGCAAAAGUAACGGAAGCAUAACUUUUCAUGAUAAGUAACUAAGUAACUUAACUUAAUAUUGUAAUGCAUUAUCAUAUACAAAAAUGCAUGCGAGUUGUUUCUGGAGAGAGAAAUAGCGGAUACUGAGCAAAUUUCAGAUGCUGCUGAGAAAAAAACUACUAAGUUCAGGACUUUAAGCCUUUGGUGCAGCCCUUUUUGAUUGGAGGGGUGGUGAAAAGGUGAUAUACACCUUCAAAUUAAUAUAACUCUGGCAUUUUUUGGUCUAGAAGCCUAAUUUUGGUCUUGUUUUAAAGAAGACACUUUAACGUUUUUACGGAAGUGUCUGGAGGUGAAAAUAUAAUUUUUUUAUAGCAGUUUACAUUUAAAAAUGCAAUAUAGUAUUAUUUUUAAACGCAUCACGUGUCUUUACGGUAUCUUUGUGAUACACACUGAUUCUGGCAAGUAAUUGGCAGUGUGAUGGAACCAAAAAUCUAACAAUCACGGACAAAUCCCUGAUGCUAUUUCCGCGUAUUUUAUGUAAUGUCAGUGUGAAAAGGGCUUUAGAUGGAUUUUACAGACAAUGUCACACACUCCAAAAAAAGGAUGUGUUAAUUUUUACACAUUGUUUUGCAUUAUCCUAUUUAACACAUUUUGUGUCAUUUCGUGUUAAUUUUGUGUUUAAAUAAAUAAAAAAAGAGACAACACAAGAUCUGUUAAAUGGCACAAAGUGUAGUCUGUUGUUCCAAUAAUAACACAGAGAUGUGUUAAAACAACAAAAUUUGUUUUAAGAGGUAUAUUAUCAGUCAUUUUAAAUAAAUAACCGAAUAAACUUUGUUUUUAGUACAGUUAUUUGCAUGUCCUGUCUCGAUGGAAAUUUUUGGGGUCUUCUAUGCAAAUGUUAGGUGUAUAGGUGGUUAUUAGACAGCGCAGUGCAAAAUCAGGAAGAUCAGUGGACAAGCAAACCUUCCCAGCAAGGUAAGAAUUUCCUGUCCUGACCUGACGUUGAUGAAAUCAAGAUGCGUAUACUGUGGCUGACACUUCUCUUGGGCUCAGUAUGGGCAGAGGAGCAGCAUUUUCAGCAUUUCGAUAACUUAACGUGGGAUGAAGCCAGGCAGCACUGUCAGGUCUGUUACAAAGAACUGACGACCAUUGCUAGUUGGAACGUCCGCGGCGUUGUGCAUAAUCUCACUUCAGACUACUGGGUUGGACUUCGCAGGAGCCUCAAUGGCACCUCACCAUGGUCCAGCUGGUCCAAUGGGGAUCCAGUUGCAUUUCAGAACUGGUAUCCUGGCCAUCCUGUGCCAAAAGAAGAAACAUGUUCUUUAACUCCAACAAGUACCCCAGCGAACGUUUCGGCAAGUACCCCAACGACCGUUUCAGCGAGUACCCCAAUGCACUCAACCACGGCACCACAAAUGAACAACACAGUAGAUCGGUGCUCCCUACUGACAGAAAUGCUUUCCUGCUUAAAUAUGACAUAUAGUGACCUUAGAAAUGUAACUGGGACUACAGUGACUACUAUGACUACAACUCCUCAUGCUUUAUACACUAGCCCACCCCCUGUCAAUAUCACAUCUAAUAGCACACAAGGAACAUGUAAUACCAAAGCUCCAGAGUAUAUUGAGGAUGCUUGUGUGGCCCUGCUCAGAAAUGGCAUGUGGAAAGAAAAACAAUGCUACGAACGUCUACCCUUCAUCUGCUAUGAUGAGCGUUUUUUUGGAGAAAUACAUGUGUCCAAUGUGACUGACAAAAAGGCCAACCUAUCCUGGAGUGAAGGACCUGGAAACAUUAGUCACUACAGAGUGGAAGUCACAGAAGGCACAAACCAGACUUUUGAUGUGACAGGCUUGGUUACAGAAUUAGGGGGGCUCACAGCAGGAACUCAAUACAAUGUCCAGGUGUUCCCCGUCAAAUGUGACAGGGAUCUCAAUCCUCAGAAUAUCUCUUUCUACACCCCCCCAUUUAGUGUUUAUAACCUGACAGUGACGAAGGUGACGACUCAAGUCAUUGAACUGAGCUGGAGUCAUACUGGCAACUGUACUUUCUUCUUAAUAAGGGUGUCAGAUGAAACCUCGAAACAAGAGAAUGCACAAAAAUCUAAGAUUGAGAAUCUCCAACCAGGGAAAAAGUAUAAUUUUACAGUUACUGCUGUGGUAAAUGAUACUGAAAGUGAGCCAAACAGCACUUCAGCUUACACCAAGCCUUCACGUGUCCUGAAUCUAACAUCAGCAGAUACAGAUUUUAAAGUCAUAAACGCUUCUUGGACAAAACCUGAUGGAGAGUGUUCAGGUUAUCUUGUUUGUCUUAAUGAAGACAGUGGAUGCAUUAAUUGCAGUGAAUGCAUUAAUUGUGUUGGAUGCAUUAAUUGCAGUGAGUGUGCAAGCUGCAAUGAGUAUGCAAACUGCAGUAUCACAGCAGAGAAGCACAAAGAAUUUACUGAUAAAACACCUGGCAAGAAAUACUUUCUGUGUGCGGCAGCCCUGACAGACAGCAACAAAAUAGCAGGAGAAAUGACUCAAAUUGAAGCAUACACACGUCCAAACAGUGUGGAGCUUUCUUUGAUUCCGUUUAGCAAAUACAUAAACGCCCACUGGACGUUAGAUGGAGGUUAUAAAGAUUUCAAUGUAAGCAUUAUAGGUGGCAAUUACAACAAGUCUUAUAUCACUAAUAACACGAAUUAUAAUUUCACGGAGCUGAGAGCAGCAGUAUACUACACCAUCACCGUCGUCACUCUUUCUGAGAAACCUGAUUUGAGAAGCGAUCCUGUUAAUCAAUCAGUGUUCACAAAGCCUACUUCUCCUGGACCGGCAACUACCAUUGUUCAUAACAAAAGUGCCAUAACUGUAACCUGGAAAGUUCCAAUAGAGUCAGAGGGAUUUUCAGACAUUACAUAUGAGGUGACAUUUGAGUCUCCUUACUGGAAUCACAGAGAUUCAAUAAAUGUAACGCAGAAUAAGGUCACUUUUACCAAUUUAAGAUCGGGAGUAAACUACAACUUCAAUGUCAGUGUUGUGGCUGGUGAUCUGAAGAGUUAUCCAUCCUGUGUUAGUAACCAAACAGAGCCUGAUAAGAAGAUAGUGAGCUUUAUGAUGAUGUGUUCCAGUAGUGUGCCACUUCACUGUAACAACUUUCCAACACGGAAUCAAACACUGGAUAAGCUGAAAAACCAUUUCAAAAGCAAUCUUAGUAGUGUCUACUGGAAACUCAAAAUGAUAAACAGCAACUGAUAAUGUCGAAAUCCCCACAGCAAAAGCUUGGUUUAUAAAAACAACCUGAUUUAUGAUACAAUAUUUUUAAACACUAUUACAAUUUUUUAAUUCUUAUUUUACUUUUGAAUUUGUUUACUUUCUUCUCAAAAUCAGUGACCCGAUCAUACCGAGACUUCAUACAAUCAACAGGAAAGCAGAAGUCACAGACCAUCAGUAUAAAGAGAAAUACAUGCAUUUUUUAUUAACUAUAUAACCAUAUUAAAAUAUCUUUAUAGUUUUCACUCCUAAAAGGUUUAUGCAUUUACUGCAGAAAUUCCUAAAUGUUUGUUUUUUUCUUCUACACAACUGUCACUGUAUCAGGGUUAUACAUUUAUCUAUAAUGUUUUUUUUUAAGUAUUUCUUUAAGUUUUUUUAACAAUAAUGCACAAUUAUGAAAAGUGCUAUAGUAAUUAAACUUGAGUUUGAAAUGCUAGGGUGGUGGCUGGAUGCUCUUUAGGUUGUGGUCCUUAAACUUUAUGUCUGAUACGAGAAAAUAUUAUUUCUUAAUAGUUAUGCAAACAUUUGGUUACAGAAUGAUAAUACCAAUAUAUGCAUGUAGUAUUUUGUUUUGCUACAUUUAUUUUACUUCUUUGCAUUACUGGUUCUGGUUUUCGGUUUAGUCUUUGUGUAAAAAUUCCUGUUUAUUUUCUGUUAGUGUAUAUGCAUUACAUGUGAUUAUUGAUUUUUGAGGAUUAUUGAGCAUUAUAAA